AUGUCGGCCUUUGUUAACGACUGGACAAACAACCUCAACGCGUUCGACUCUGCGCUCGAUACCAAGGUCAUCCCGCGGUGGAAGCGGAAGGCCAUGGAGAAGGCACAGCAGUCGAGCGCCAACGCGUCGACGUCGGCCAUUACCGCCUCGUCGCUCGCGACCACUCCCUCCCGCGGCACCAAGCGCCGUGGCUCUGGCACCCCACAGUGCGAUCGGUUUAUCCCCAACCGCGCGGCGAUGGACAUGUCGCUGGGCAAGUUUGCGCUGCAGGAGAACAACCCGACCCUGGGUGAGGACGGUAGCGGGGCAUACUCGCCGGCCAAGGAGGAGUACCAGCAGACUCUGCAGGAGACACUCCUCAACGGUCGGACCGAGUGCGCCAAGAUCCUGGCGUUCAAGGCCAAGGCGCCCGCGCCGCCGGUUGGCUACCAGAACUCGCUCAAGGUCCUGUACUCUCAGAACAAGGCGUCUGCCGGGCGGAAGCGCAAGGUCACGCGCCACAUCCCGCAGGCGCCCGAGCGCGUCCUCGACGCGCCCGACAUGCUCGACGACUACUACCUCAACCUGCUUGACUGGAACAAGCAGAACAUCCUCGCCGUUGCUCUUGGUCAGACCGUGUACCUGUGGAACGCCGAGAACGGAUCCAUCACCGAGCUCUGCACCACCGAGGAGCCGGACAACUUUAUCACCUCGCUGUCUUGGAUCGAGGACGGCUCGUACCUUGCCGUCGGUACCAACACCGCCGACGUCCAGCUGUGGGACACCGAGGCGUCCCGCCAGGUCCGUUGCAUGAAGGGCCAUCAUUCGCGCGUCGGCUCGCUGGCGUGGAACCAGUUCAUCCUCUCCUCGGGCUCGCGCGAUUCAAUGAUCUUCAACCACGAUGUUCGCGUCGCCGACCACCACAUCGCCACGCUCGCCUCCCACACCCAGGAGGUCUGCGGGCUCAAGUGGUCGCCGGACGGCACCCAGCUGGCGUCGGGUGGCAAUGACAACCUCCUCUGCAUCUGGGACAUCAACGGUGGUGAGUCGCCCAAGUUCACCCUCAACGACCACUGCUCCGCCGUCAAGGCUCUCGACUGGUGCCCGUGGCAGGAGAAUCUUCUGGCGUCCGGCGGCGGGACCGCUGAUCGCUGCAUCCGCUUCUGGAACACAGAGACCGGCAACUGCCUCAACACCAUCGACACCAAGUCCCAGGUCUGCUCCCUCAAGUGGUCCACCCAUCACAAGGAGAUCGUCUCCUCGCACGGAUUCUCCCAGAACCAGCUUAUUGUCUGGAAGUACCCGUCCAUGGUCAAGAUGGCCGAGCUGACCGGCCACACCUCGCGCGUCCUGCAUCUUGCCGCUUCGCCCGAUGGCGAGACCAUUGUCUCCGCCGCCGGCGAUGAGACGCUCCGCUUCUGGAAGUGCUUUGCCCGUGACUCGGCUUCGUCGGCUGCGGCCACCAAGCCUGUCAUUGACAACCGCGGCCUGCGCCGGAACGUCAACAUUCGCUGA